AAUCCCUGUCAAUACGAAGAAAAUCCAACUUAUGUGGGCACCUUGAUCCGAAACUCCGCCUUCGAUCUCAAAUGAGUCCUGAUCGAACAGGUGUUCCAAGCAGUAAUUACUUUGGAUUUAUUUCAGAUAUAGUGUAUCUAAGACUAAAUUAUCCAAUCUCUUAUGUCUGAGAUAGGUUUGCCUGUUAUUUCUAGCAUUUUGAGAGACUGCAUCAAGGCUCCUGUCUCACCUGUUGUUUUCAAAAUAAGCGUGGCUCGGGGGUUAUUUCCCUUGACUCUCCCCAGACAAAACAAAACUAAAUUUAAUUCUCAGCCAACUCUCGUCCUGCAAGCUUUUAAUUUAUAUUUAGUGAGAAUGUUUCAUCCCAAGCAUUCUAAAACAAAUCGCAAAUACCCCAUGUCUCAUGUAUCAACUGCUGUUAUUCCAAAAGUGGCCCUUGUUGCUGUACCAAAUGCUUUGAGUCCCACAUGUGCUCAGGAUGAUAAAGGAGCCCCUCUCAUGGGUGCACUGAUGAAUACUUCUAAUAUUGGAAGAAUGUUUGGAUCGCCAGUUCCAUCCCAUAACCUUGACAAUGAGCACGACAGCAUUAUGGAUUAUACAUUAAUGACAGAUGCUGGUUAUUUAAACAUACCGUUUGAAAAAAUCAGUGCUGAUCUUAGAGAUGGAGAAUCAUCCGGGAGUAUAGAUAUGUUGGAAUCAAAACAGGAUUCCGAAAAUUGGAAAUUUAUUCAGAUCUCUGAUCAACAAGCCUCUAAAGAACAGAUAUUUCAGGAAUAUCAGAAAGCAAAUGAAGAAACCUUACCAGUAAGAGAUCAUAUAGCUGAUUCAUCAUUUAUGCAAAAUGAAUUAAGGAACAAUGGUAGAUUUAUCAAAACAACAGAUGUGACAGAUUCUCAUAAUGAGGAAGUACAAAAGCAAAUACAAGCUUUACAGAACAGUCAUGAUUCUGAUAAAUCUCGAAUACAACAAAUGAAAGCAGAGUUAAAGGAUUUACGAGAUUUAGUUUACAAAUUAAACAGAGAACUGAGUAAAUAUCAAGCGAAAUUUGGUUGUGCUGAAGUCCUAAAAGAAGGUCACAACAUUGUUGGCUUACCAAAUGAAGGUCCAAUUCCAUCGUGGCUUAUUAGUACCAAAUACUUGUCACCUUUAAUAUUUGAAUAUGAAAAACAAACAAAUCAACAAGAAAAGAAUAUUGCAACAUACAAAGAAGAAAUUGAACAUUUAUCAAAGAGAUGCAAAGAAUUAGUUGGUGAGAGCGAUUUAUUACAUGAGAAGCUAGAUAAAUUGACAUCUGGAAGCAGCAAAGUUUUUGAAAGAUCAUUAGCUGAACAGCAGCUUGAUUUGAUCAAAGAAGAAAAUCACAUUUUACUCGAACAAUUAAAGAAUGAAAGACUGAAUACGAACAAUACUUCCACCAAAUUUUCUCAUGAAUUACAUGAGUUGAAUGAACAGCUAAAACUGAAAAAUGAGUUUGUAACCAAGUUAGAGCUGGGACUCAAAGAAGAAAAGGCCAAAACAUGUGACUUGAAAUAUAAUUUAGAUCAAAUGAAAUCGAAAGAUAAUACCAAGAUUCAAUUUGUGGAACACCAGCAUAGUUUAGAAAAAUUACAAAAAGAUAUCGAUGGAUCUAUUGAAAAGCAUAUAAAAGAAAAAGCAGAAUUAACUGCUAAAUUGGAGGAAGCACAUCAGAAAAUAGAUAGGUUUCAAGAAUUACAAGUUCAUUGUAAAGAUAAAAUUGAGCGCAUGCACAGUAAAAUAAAAGAUCUGAAAGCUUCAAACAGGAAAUAUGCUGCUCAAAAUCAGAAACUUUUACACAUUGUACAAAUUUCUCAUAACCGAGAACAACUGUCUCAAGACCAACUGAAGAAAUUGAAAGCCAAUGAAGAUAUUGUUUUAAAACUGAUUGAUAAAACCAGUCUGAGAGAAGAGAAACAGAAAAAUCUGAAGGCCACCAUGAAGGUUUACAAGAAAAAACUUUCUGAAGAGCGGGAGACAAAACAUAAAAUUGUAAACAAUUUGCAGGAAGAGUUUCAAAAGCAAAUUAUGAAGUUGUAUUCUGACUUGAGGCAUAAAAAUAAUUUAUUACAGAUGUCUGAGGCUGAUAAACAACAAAUGGAAGAAGAUAUGGAGACAUUGUAUAUGGCAGCACAGAAUGAAAAUUCAAUGAUGUACCAGCUUUUGCAUGGGAUAUCAUGUAAUAAAAACAUUGUUACUUGUUGUGAUAGUGAUGAAGAAAACAAUGUUUCUAACUGUGAUAGUGAUAAGUAAAUAAUUUUACCUAGUAUAUAAAGUAUAGCAGUUUGUAUUUAUUGUGUAUUUAUAUGAAUAUUUAUGUAGUGUAUAGUCUAAUUUCAACAUUUACCUCAGAAUGUUAUUAAUUUAUUUUGUAUAAGUAUUGUGAAUAAAUUAUCAUCAAGCA